AUCUUUUGUUGUGGCAGCCUGCCAAAUAUUGACUAUGAUAUAUCUAGAUUGUCAUCAACUUUCUUUGUUCCAUUUUUGCUGCAGGUUGGUUUUAUUUUGUUUACUAACAAUCCCAAUUGCAUAUGUAUUUAUGAUGCAGAUUACUAUGGCGCUAGUUUCAGGAGGAAGGUCAACUUUGAACCCUAAUGCCCCACUCUUUGUUCCUGCUGCAUUCCGUCAAGUGGAGGAUUUCUCACCUCAAUGGUGGCAGCUGAUUACCACCUCAACAUGGUACCGAGAAUAUUGGCUUAGCCAGCACCAGGGUGAAGAUGGUUUCUACAAUAAUACUGAAGAUGACUUUGAUGGCAAUGACAUUGUUGAUCUGCUUCCAGAUACAUUUGAUCUUGUUGCCGGUGAAGAUCUAUCUAGCAUGGAUCAUCAGUUUGAAGAGUUUGUUCAGUCUUAUGAGACUGAAAUGGAUAACAGAUCUGUCCCUUUACCUUCCACUGGUGGGGAUGCUGAGGCCCUGAUGAAGAAUCUGAGCUUGUUACAAUCAAAUCUUAAAUCUCCUGUGGAACCAGCAAAAUAUGCAGCGAAGCCAGCUAAGAAUGUGAAUCCAAAAUGUGUGUCCCAGCGCAUCCAGCAGCCACGCUGAAAAGCUGCAGUACAUCAAGCACCUUGUCACAGUAGUUUCUGCUUCCUGUAACUUUGUAUAGAGCCAAGCUCUAAACCUUGUAGUACUAUAUUUUUCAUUCUCAAUCUCUCUGCCUUCUGUUAACGAAAGAAAAUGUAAAAUUCUAGUGAAAAUAGUAAAUGAAAAUUGAAAAUUUUA